AUGGGGCUGCCACUUUUAAACACCUUUCCAGUCACAGAAUUAAGAUGUACAGCACACAAGUGCAACUUGUACCUUUGGUCACUCAAUCGCAAUGUCACUCUCUUAACACUUUUAAAUAAUAAGCUGGAAGAUUUCCUGCUGACCAGUGACCUUAGAUAUACCCUUUUUUCUGGGCAGACCGGCACCCUGAAGACAGCCCUACUAGACUACAUCAAACGUUGCCGCCCUGGAGACAGCGAAAAGCACAAUAUGAUUGCCCUGUGCUUCAGUAUGUGCCGGGAGAUAGGAGAGAAUCACGAGGCAGCGGCCUGCAUCCAACUGAAGCUGAUUGAGUCUCAGCCCUGGGAGGAAAGCCUCAAGGAUGGAGCCCAACUAAAACAGCUCCUGCUUAAAGCCCUGACUCUGAUGUUGGAUGCAGCAGAGAGUUACGCCAAGGACUCCUGUGUUCGACAGGCCCUGCACUGUAACCGGCUCACCAAGUUGAUAACACUACAGAUUCACUUUCUCAACAGUGGCCAGAAUACAAUGCUUAUCAACUUGGGCCAUCAGAAGCUAAUGGACUGUAUCAUGACCCUACCUCGGUUCUACCAGGCUUCUAUUGUAGCUGAGGCCUAUGACUUUGUUCCUGACUGGGCUGAAGUACUCUACCAACAAGUGAUUCUUAAAGGAGACUUUAGUUAUUUGGAAGAAUUUAAGCAGCAGAAGUUACUAAGACCCAAUAUAUUUGAAGACAUUUCCAAAAAAUAUAAACAACACCAGCCUACCGACAGGGUCACAGAAAACCUGAAGAAGUUACUUUCAUAUUGUGAAGAUAUCUACCUGUAUUACAAGUUGGCAUAUGAACACAAAUUUUUUGAAAUUGUAAAUAUGCUUCUGAAGGACCCUCAGACGGGAUGCUGCCUUAAAGAUAUGCUCGCAGGUUAGAAGAUUGGAAAGGCGCCUGAUUGCUUGCUUGUACCUAUACAGCUCUAAGGGAUGUUCAAUCCUAAUAAAGUAUUUGGAGAUCUUUACCCCCAUUUGAGUUGAAAAGCCCAGAAAUAUACCAUACUGCACUAGUCGUUUGUGGCUGUAGGGAACGGAGGAAAAAUUAGUAUUGAGAUCAGAAGUGUUUUGUUAGAGUGGCUUCUACAUCAGAGAAACAAUAGUGGUUAAAGAACGCCUGUACCUGCAGGUUCCAGUUUCAAAGCAAUUUAAUCUUAUUUACACAGUUAAGGAACACGUGAUACAUUUUCAUGAGUUAGAAACUGAACUUUCUAUAAUAAAAUAGUUUUUAUUUCAGUGUCAUUA